UUCUUUGCUAUGUUCAAGUGUUCGCAAAUUCCCCUUCCAAGCAGCGCAUAUUCUCUAGUGCCUUCGCGAUCCCGGGAAACGCUUCGUAUGAUUAUGUUGGUAUGAAAUAUACAAAGUCAUGUUGCUCCCUGCUGAGGAAAACGUUUAGUAAUUGGCGGAGGCACGGGUGGUCUAGCCGUUGCAGCACGGCUUGCAGAAACAUCAUCAGUUGCCGUUGUCGAGGGAGGAGGUUUCUAUGAGGUAGAGAAUGGCAAUCAGAGCGUUGUACCUUGGUAUGCUUUGGCAAUGCCAGUGCUCUCGGUCUCCACGUCCUACCCCAGGCAGCCUCUGGUAGACUGGGACUUAAUCACUGAACCUCAAACAUCAGCUAAUAAUCGACGAAUUCAUUUCGCCCGAGGAAAGACUCUAGGUGGAUGCUCAGCUAUCAAUACUUUGGGUUAUCACCGUGGUUCGAUUGGCUCCUACCAAUAUUGGGCUGAUCUUGUUGGGGACCAAAGCUACACAUGGCCAAAUAUCCUUCCUUACUUCAAGAAGUCUACUACCCUCACGCCCCCUGAUCUCGCUAAGCGUAACGUCCAGAAUGCUACUGUCCUGUAUGAGCCCAAAGCUUUUGAUAACUCACUCAAUGGACCCGUACAAGUAUCUUGGGGUAAUUGGGUUGAUAUUACAGGGACUUGGCUCGCUCUGGGCAUGCAAUCAAUUGGACUUCCGCUCAGCCCAACCGGCUUCAGUAGUGGUAUCCUCUCCGGAUACGGAGGAUGGGUCACAUCUGAGAUAAAAGCAAAAGAUGCGACACGUUCUUCCUCGGAGGCAAGCUAUCUACGACAGGCCAUUGAAGACACAGACAUCAUGGUUUAUACACAUACUCAGGCGCAGCGUAUCCUCUUUGAUCAAGGAACCCCACAGAAAGCGAACUCUGUCUUGGUCUCCACCAAUGGGUACGAAUACAUCAUUUCAGCUAACAAGGAAGUCAUAUUGUCUGCUGGCGUGUUUCAUUCUCCUCAGUUGCUCAUGGUGUCCGGAAUCGGUCCCAAAGCAACACUUGAAGCUAACGAUAUCCCGGUUGUCGUCGAUCUCCCUGGCGUAGGACAAAACCUACAAGAUCAGAUAUUCUUCGAUGUGCUUAGCGGAGUCAACACACCCAAUACCGCUGCUCUCGUAGCAGACCCCACACAAACGGCCAAUUUACUUUCCAACUACUUCAACAAUGCAACCGGGCCUUACAGCUCCGCUGGUGGUUUCAUCGCAUUUGAAAAGAUUCCUCCAUCAAUGAGAAACUUCACAAAGCGGACGAGUGAUCUCCUGAAUACGAUUCCAGCGGAUUGGCCUGAACUCGAAUACAUUGUCCUUGCAUAUCCGAAUACGCCUGGUGCGAAUGCAACUACUGUUGGAGCCAUGAGCGGCACGAUCCAAGCCCCGUUUUCUCGGGGCAAUGUCACAAUAUCUAGCUCCAGCAUGUUAGAUCCACCACUGAUCAACAUGGGAUGGCUCACCGACCCCGCAGACGGUGAACUCCUAGUGGCAGCAGUCAAACGCUGUCGUCAAGCCUGGGCCAGCGAUGUCCUCAAACCCAUCAAAGUCGGACCCGAAAUCUUACCUGGCCCAGAUGUACAGUCAGAUGCUGAUAUCUUGGUGUGGCUACGUGGUGUAGUGGCUCCUGUUUGGCAUCCAAGCUCUACCUGUUCGAUGGGGAAGAAGGGGUUGUAGAUUCGAAGGCUAAGGUUUUUGGGGUCGAGGGAUUGAGAGUUGUGGAUCUCUCGGCGGUGCCGUUUAGUAUUCCUGGCCAUCCGUCUGGCUCGGUGUAUAUGUUUGCUGAGAAGAUUGCGGAUGUUAUUAAGAAUGGGGACUGACUUUGGCCAAAAGAAAGGAACAUAGUAGUCUGGUCAGAAGCUAAACCAAACGACUUUUAUCUGUUAAUUGAGACACUUGAUAUCAAAAACAAUACAAAUUAAGGUUAAGGAG